CAAAAGCUGUUGUAACUAUCAGAGAAAGAACUUGCACUGAUGAUCAAUGUAAAUUAAUAACUGUUGGAAAAAAAGAAGUACGUUUUGGUGAUAAAAAUUUUAACAUUACUCUUAACGAUAACAAAGGGAUAAAACCUAACUUAGUAUAUUUUGCUGGAGUUGGUGGUGUUAUUUCUAACGCUAAUACAGCUUUUGGCGGCUUUACUGAUGCUAAAAAUGGA